AUGGCUACAUACGAAUACGAUGAGGCCGGAGUCAUGGCCGCGUACUUUAUUAUCACAUUCCUUGCCAUGGUCCUAGUACCUCUCACCAUCUCCUCACUCACAAAGAUAUCCGAGGCAACCACUUCAGCCAAGGGAAUUACCGAUGGAUGCCAGUGCACACCAUGCGUCGAACAGCGCGAAGCUAUUAGCAAGCAAGAGCGGGGGUCGUUAUUGAAUCCUAAAAUCAGCAGGAGGACCUAUUUCCUACUUGGAGGGUGGUCGUUAUUCGCGUUUGUUUGCUACAGAGUGUCACUAUUGAAAGUGGAGAAUAAAAUCUAUAAUCCUUUUGAGAUUCUUGGUAUCUCUACAAGUAUGCCGGAGAAGGACAUCAAGUCACACUUCAAAAAGCUCUCAAAACAAUUCCAUCCUGACAAAGUUAAAGCUACCGCAAACAUGACAAUUGAGGCUAUCCAGGACCGCUUCGUAGAGAUCACCAAAGCCUACAAAUCCUUAACAGACGAACGCAUCAAAGAGAACUGGAUUAAAUACAACCAUCCUGAUGGUCCCCAGAGCACGUCAAUGGGUAUCGCUCUGCCUAAAUGGAUUAUUGAAGGCAAGAAUAGAAUUUGGGUUAUGGCUGCCUACGGUCUUGUCUUCGGCGGUGCUCUCCCAGCUCUUGUUGGACGAUGGUGGUUCGGCAACAGGCAAAAGACGAAGGAUGGAAUUCAUGCCCAGUCAGCAGCAGCGUUCUUCAAGACUAUCAAGGAGGAAUCUUCUAUGGAGGAGGUGGUGGGUGCUCUUGGGAAAGCAUAUCAGUGGGAACUCCCAGUUGGCAAGUCCAAGUCCAGUGCAGAAAUCGAUGCUUUGGAGAAGACUAUCAAAGAGGAAGUUGGUGCCAAAUGGACGGAGGUGCGGAAAAUUGCUCAGGACUUCAACGGAGAGCUCCACGAGUCAAGAAGACAAGCUCUUGUCCUUAUUUAUGCGCAUUUGUUGAGAUUGGAAGUCAAAGAUGCAGGGCUUAAGAAAAAACAACAACAAGUUCUCCUCCAAACUCCAAUGCUCCUUAAUGCCCUUCUCAACGUAUCAGUUGCUCGCACUUGGCUGCUUCCAACCCUGUCGAUCAUGCGUCUAUACGGAUACCUUGCACAAGCCAUUCCCACCAACGCCUCGCAACGCCUUAGGUUGACACAACUUCCACACAUCAAGCAAGAAGAUAUUACACCGCUACCUGUUAAGGCAAAUGAUAUGAGUGAUGUCCUUGCCUCCCUGGAGGAGAAAGAUGAUCCCAGAACAAAGGAUGUGAAGAAGGCUUUGGAAAAAUGGGGACGUGUGGAUAUUGUUAGCGCUACUUUCAAAGUUAUUGGUGAACGUAUUGUUACUCCAUCGUCUAUCAUAUACCUUCUUGUCAAGCUCCGCAUUACUCCACCCGGAAGUACACCCAGCACGCCAGUAGAGUUGACUGUCGACGAGACCAAGAAGGCUGUUCAGCUUGAGGAAGAAAUCGACGAAAAGUUCUUGGCUUCGCGGUUAGAUGCCGAGGAACUUCCAUCCUCUAAAACUAACGGUGGUGCAGCCCAUGCGCCUUUCUGGCCUGGGACCCGCAAACCUUCGUGGUGGAUUGUUCUCGCCGAUGACAAAUCCAACCGCGUUGUUGUCCCACCAAUGAAAAUCACCGACAUUCCUUACUCGCAGCCGGGCUCGGAUAGGGAUUAUCGCUCGUAUAAGAUCCAAUUCCAAGGCCCACCGAAUACGGGUCUGUUUACAUGGAAAGUCUACAUUGUCAGCGACACAUUCGUCGGUGAAGAAGCGACUACCGAGAUCUCUCUCAAGAUCGAGGACCCACCUGCUGCUGAAGAAGCGCCUUCAGAUGAAGACAUUUCUGAGCCCGAUGAAGACACUAUUGCAGGUCAGAUGGCAAUGAUGCGCGGCGGUAAAGUUAAGAAACGCGUCGAAGAGGAGAGCGAGGAUGAGAGCAGUGGAACUGAUGACGAUAAGAACGACACUGAUAGCAGCGACAGUGAUAGUGAUUGA